AUGGGUAACAAGCAGACCAUCUUCACUCCGGAGCAGCUGGACGCCUAUCAGGAUGUCACGUUUUUCACAAGGAAAGAAAUCCUGAGGCUCUUCGACAAGUACCGAGACCUGGCGCCCCAGUUAGUGCCCACCGACUACAGCCGGAAGCCCAGCGUGAAGCUGCCCUACGAGCUCAUUGCCAGCAUGCCGGAGCUCAAGGACAACCCCUUCCGCCAGCGCAUAGCCGAGGUCUUCUCCGAGGACGGGGAAGGCAACAUGACCUUGGAUGACUUCUUGGACAUGUUCUCCGUCAUGAGCGAAAUGGCCCCGCGGGACCUCAAGGCCUACUACGCCUUCAAGAUCUACGACUUUAACGACGACAACUACGUCUGCAAGUCCGACCUGGAGAAGACGGUGAACAAGCUGACCCGGAAAGAGCUGAGCCCGGAGGAGGUGGCCCUGGUGUGCCACAAGGUCAUCGACGAGGCCGACCUGGACAACGACGGCCGGCUCUCCCUGGAGGACUUCCAGCACAUGAUUGUCAGAGCGCCCGACUUCCUCAG